GUCACUCAGGAGCAGCUGCAUGUGCUGGAGCAGUUUUUGGCUGCUGAUUUGCCUGUGCAGCUGCUCUCUCAGAUGACAACUCUGGACUUCGAAGUUCGGAAGGAUGUCAUGAACGUUUGCUGUGCCCUCCUUUGGCCGGACCUGCCCGAAGAGGUGGCUGCCCAGGUCAUGGAGUAUGUCCGGUUUCACCCAACUCUCUUCAACAAGUUGAUGGACAGCUAUGCCAACGAGGAG